CAGGAGGAGCGGUUCUCUGCCCCUGGACAGCAUGCCAGCGCUGACGUAUGUCUAUGGGGCCACCAUUGCCAUCGGCGGGAUCUUCACCUACCAGGCUAAGGGAAGCAAAGGUGCGCUAGGGUGGGGUCUCUUGUUCGGAACUCUUCUGUGCUGGGCUGCUCUGAGGAUGAAAGAGAGGGGCCCGGGGGUUCGCGGUUAUCCCUUCGUGAUUGCGCUCCUUGUGUCGGUGAUCAUGUUCGGGAUGACGGCCGCGCGAGUGCACAGGACGGGGAAGAUUUGGCCGAUGGGAGCGCUAGCGGCGCUGAGCCUGAUCAUGGGGAUGCGAUAUGCGUCACACUUCACGAUCUAUGGCGACCUGUACGAGUACGAAAUCUGAUGGAGGGGAAGGGAGGGGACAGGCGUGUGAUGGGCAUCUGAUGUUGGGAAGUGUUUGUGAGGAAGGAGGGUGUAAGGUAGAAGGGACAUGCAGGCAUGUGAGAUUGAUGUGAUGCUGUAAGGAGAAUGAAGCAUCUGAGUC